AUGAACGUCUUCCAACUCAUGAUGAAAAAGAAAGAACUUAUUCCUUUGAUCACAUUUGUGAGUAUUGCUGGAUUUGGAGCAGCCUACAUGUCCAUGUAUUCCCUUCGCAAAGCUGAUGUGAUUGUUGACAGACACACAAAUCCAGAACCAUGGGAAAAUGUGAAUCCUUAUGAGCCUCAAAAACUUAUCACAAAUAACCAAAAGUGGGAGCCUAUUGAAGAACUUCAGACUGUCAAACAGUUGACCAAAUGA